UAGAGCUCUUGCUGUCAUUUUUUUUAAUCUUUUUAAAAACUUUAUUAAAACGAAGCUGAACGGUUUUAGAAAAUGUGACUACCCAAGAUUUAUAGAAAAAUAAACAAUAAAAUAUGUGGGAUGAUACAUCCGUAAAUAUUUGAUCGCAGUUAUAGGUUUUAGUUAAUUAUAAUUUUUAAAAAGUUUAUAUUAAACUAUAAAAUGUCUUGGAUUCAUUGUAAUAAAUGUUUUUUAAAGGAUCAAAAUUUUAAUGAAAUUCUAUUUUUACAAUGUGGUCAUUUGUUAUGUAGAAAAUGCAUUUCUAAGAAAUGUCUAAUAUGUUAUAAAACUACCAAAUACGUAACAUUACCUAAAAAGGAAAUAAUGCCGACAAUGGAUUUAUAUUUUCAAAAUCCAAUAAAUUAUGGAAAAAAAUUACUAUCAAUUUUAAAAUUUCAAUUUGAAAAUCGAAUAAAUUUGGAAGUAGAAGGAGCGAAAUUAUUUAAAAAAAUAAAGCAAGUUAAAGAAAAUUGUCAGAAAGUUGAUCAGGAAAUCAAAAACGCUCAAGAAGAAAUGAGAAAAGAAUAUUUACGUAUUAAAAAAAUGAAAGUGUUUAUUGAGCAAACUAAAAUGUACAAAAAUGUACGAAAAUCAAAUAAGGAUGGCAGUCAAGAUUCCGGUGUUCAUGGUAUUCAAACUUCUUACAACACAUUACAAGAUACAUCUUUUCUGUUACCAUCAACAGUGGAUUAACUUUUAUUUAUA